AUGAUUGAACCCAUCCGAUGGCUUCACCCCCUCUUUGAUGCGUUAUUUGGCUUUGAUAUCCCCUUUACUUAUCGAUGGAGGCUUCUUAUACUACAACCAAUAUCUAUCUUGACCUGUGGGAUGAAAUGGCUGCCAUGGGUGUUCUCACGGAGAUACUUCUCUAUUCAAAUACCCUUACGCCGUAGGCCGGGUCAAUCGGUACGAGCCAUUGUGUUUUUGCCCCCAGAAGGGUCGAAGUCGUCCAUGGAAUCAUCCAGAGGGCUGCGGCCACUCCACCUUGACUUCCACGGCGGAGGAUUUAUUGGUGGCAACCCAGAGCAUGAUGCGGAAUUUUGCAGUGCUCUGUCUGAUGAGGUGGGCGCUGUUGUUGUGUCAGCAACUUAUCACUUCGCCCCGCGAUAUACCUUCCCAGUAGCCAACGAAGACGCCCAAGAUGUUGCCACUUUUCUCAUUGAAAACGCAGAACACCUAUGGAAAGCUGAUCCACGGGUCCUUACUGUCAGUGGAUUUUCCGCCGGUGGGAAUCUUGCACUUGGAGUAGCUCAAGGACUAGCUGGCACUGAUUAUAGUGUCAAAGGCUCUGUCACUUUUUACGCCCCAGUCGAUCUCCGGAAACCGCCAACAGAGAAACCAGCUCCCAAUGACAAGCCAGACCCACUGGAAGUCCUGAAGCCACUAUUUGAUGCAUACCCUAGCCGUGCUCGCGCAAAGAACAUGGAAAACCCGCUUAUGAAUCCAAUUUUGGCAGACAUUACUACUCUACCACCGAAGAUGGCAUUUGUCGUGCCAAAGAUUGACAUUCUAUAUGAGGAGCAAAUGUUGAUGAUUGGGAGGCUUAAAGCAGAGUACGAGCAGCUAAAUACUACUACCGGGGCAUCUACGACUGGGGCGGAUUCAGAAUCAAUAUUAGGACAAAGAACUAACAAUAUACUGGCUAAUACAAACGUCUAUCAAAUUAGCCAUCUUGAGUUCCCGGAGGGAUUUCAUGGAUGGCUUGAAGUACCAGAAGCUGCCAUUGGAAAUAAGGACAAGAACAAGGCCUUUUCAUAUGCGUUUGAUUUCUUGAAAGGGGUCUACCAAAACCAAGUUUAA